CGUUAAUGUUAUGAUCGAUGCAGAUUUUAAUUCUCGACGCGUCUAUGUUGAAAAGAGAAGGUUUUGGACGAAUAAAUCUAAAAACCGUUAACAAAAUGUAUUCAAGAAAAGCAAAUCUAAGGCCACGAAGAAUAACGCUGGAAAGACACCACAUUAUAAUAAUAUUUUUAAGUUUACUUCUGAUAUCUCUGGCGUAUAUUUUAACCACAGGGAUUACAAUAAAAUACAAAACAUUCCAAAAUUUCAUCGCUGUGAGUAGGACAUCAUUUCCAGACAACAAAACAACAUCUGUGACAACACUGAAACUAACUACACACAUCUCUACUGAAAGUUUGUAUCAUACCAGUGUUGAAGCAAAUACGGUAGUUCAAGUAGUUCUUACAACGGAUAGAACUCCAACAUCAGAUAGAUCAUUUCACCAUACGACCGACACGUUAAAUAUACCAGUCACCAACAUUAAUUCUCUGGAUGACGAUUUACUCUCUAACCUGAGUUCUAAGACCGCAGAGUUUAAAGAGAACCCGGGAUAUUUUGAGAACUUCACGUACUUUUAUCUCAAUAGUUCACGUGUGUCGGACAUUCCUAGCCAGUAUUCGAUCCCAGGUACGUCCGUGUGUUCAGGUGAUGUUGACCUGUUGGUGAUGAUUAUGAGCGUUAAACAACACAGCGACUGGAGGCUACUUAUACGUCAGACAUGGGCGUCACCAAUUUACGACAAGUCCUGGAGCCAAAAAGGUUUAGUUCGAUUGGUCUUUUUCUUCGGGAAUGAAGGCUUCGCAGAUGUAGAGAAUCUUGCAUUGUACAACGAAUCCAAACUUUAUGGGGACAUCGUUGUGGCAAGUUUUAAAGACAACUACGGGAACUUGUCAUUAAAGUUAGCCACGGCUUUGACUUGGGCAUCCAAACAUUGUCCACAAGCUAAAUUUGUCGCUAAAGUGGACAUGGACACCUUUGUCCACUUGAAAGUGUUUUUAAAACUUGUUCAACAUGUUGCUCAAAACUACACUGAUUUUAUAAUAGGCUACCAGCAUAUAUUUCCCAAGCCUUACGUUGUACGGGACGGGAAAUGGGCUGUACCCCACCAUAUGUAUGCAUUCUCCUUCUUCCCAAAAUACGUGUAUGGACAUUCUUACGUCCUUACAAGCUCCGUCGUUCACAAAAUGGCUGCGAGUUUUCCCUUUGUUCACAUCGUUCCUAACGAGGACGCGUUCAUCACAGGUAUCAUGGCCGUAACGUUAAACAUCACCAGACUGGGGAACACGGCUUUCGCUUUUUCUCUUAAACAGUACACAUUUUGUGACCUAGUGUACAAACGAUAUGUGAGUGCCAUGUACAACGUCAAGUAUAUGAAGGAGUUAUGGGAUGCCAUGUUGACAGGAAACUGUACGGAGACGCAAAUCACCUAAUUGACCAAAUUUAAUAACAUAAUUGAUUCCUCUUUGAUUGUGUACGAGUUAAAAUA